AUGGCCGACAACGACGCCCAGCACGAGCAGCACACCUUCGAGUCCACCGAUGCCGGUGCCUCCACCACCUACCCCAUGCAGUGUUCUGCCCUGAGAAAGAACGGCCACGUCGUCAUCAAGGGCCGUCCCUGCAAGAUCGUCGACAUGUCGACCUCCAAGACUNNCGGCAAGCACGGUCACGCCAAGGUCCACUUGGUCGCCAUUGACAUCUUCACCGGCAAGAAGCUCGAGGAUCUGUCUCCCUCCACCCACAACAUGGACGUCCCCAACGUCGCCCGUCGCGAGUACCAGCUCGUGAGUUGCUUUUCCCAAAGACUCGACCCAAUCAUAGCUCAAACUGACUCUUCUGCUAGNCUCGACAUCACUGACGACGGUUUCCUCUCUCUCAUGCUCGACGACGGCUCCACCAAGGACGACGUCAAGGUCCCCGACAACGAGAUUGGUGAGCGCAUCAACAAGCUCUUCAACGAGGAGCAGAAGGACACCAGUAAGUUAUGCCGCUGCUACGAGCGCUACUCUCCAGCAGCUGACCACUUAUUCNNAGACGUCAUCAUCCUUACUGCCAUGGGUGAGGAGUGCGCCAUUGAGGCCAAGGAGGCUCCCAAGUCCGGUUAA